GACCUUCCGGUAUGUGGGCGACCUCUGCUCCUCCCGAGCCGCCGCCGCCGCCGCGUGGUAGUCGAGUAAUCCGUUGCGUCUAGUUGGUGGAAAUCCCCACGUGGUGUUGACUCCUGUAUAAAAACUUUGGGUGAGCGAAGUUGCCGUGAUUGCAAAGGGAGAACAGGGUCUCCGCGGGCAGCAUCUUGCAAGGACGCACGGAACUCGCCAUCCACAGCGUUGCGCACGGGACACGCACACGGAGUCACCCAGGCGCGCGCGCGCACAGGACAGACGGGGACCUAACCGAGCGCUGACGCUCUCCUCGGGACCGCAGCCGCAUCAUAAAAAAAAAUUUAAAAAACAACAACAACAACAACAACAAGUUGAGCCGCUGCGUGCUGUUUGAAUGGGGCGCACGCGACCGGGCGCAUGUGGGGUUUUAUUUAGACUCGGCGGCGCGGCGGCGAACCUGUGCACGUCUGUUUUGGUAGGUCGUGCGUGUGUGAGGUAAAUGUGGCGUGACAGAAGCGCGUCAACGAUCGCCCCCACGGUCAAGACACCUGGACUUGUUUCCUCUGCGCAGAGAAAAAGACGCGUCGCUGGAUAACCGAGCGCGCGAUGACAGGAGUUAAUUAGCCUCAGCAUUUCAGCGCAACCCUCGUCCGACUGGGAAUACAAGGCUCUGUGGAUGUCGUGAGGCGUGUGGCUUUUGGAGCACGAGUGGAUGUCCACGUUCUUUUUCUCCUCAAAUUGAAAAGUGUAGCUUUAACCUCGGCGCGCGAGUGGGCAUCUCCCAUCCUUGUUUUGAACAGCAUUCGGACUCUUAACUUUCAAGGCUGGACAAAAUGAGCGUGUACAGCCUGGCGUUGUCCUGUCUAGUCGCCUGCUUUGUCUCCGCGCGCUGCGGCUCGGUGGCCGGCGCAGAGGCUCAGAGUUCGCCCCAGGAGUCGUGCGCGUCCUGCGGGAUCAGGACGACGGACCAGACGGAGCGCGUGAACAUAGACUUUUUGGAGGCGGUGAAGAGGCACAUACUGAACCGGCUGCAGAUGAGGGACAGACCCAACAUCACCCACCCCAUCCCGAAGGCUGCGAUGGUGACGGCGCUGCGGAGGCUGCACGCCGGCAAAGUGCGAGAGGACGGCCGGGUGGAGAUCCCCAACUUUGACGGGCAAGCUGCCUACAACAACGAGGUUCCGGCGGAGACCUCCGAGAUUAUUAGCUUCGCCGAAUCAGAUGGGCACGCAUCCGCCAAGACCAGUCUAUACUUCCUCAUCUCCAACGAGGGCAACCAGAAUCUGUACGCGGCCCAGGCCAACCUGUGGCUCUAUUUCCGCGUGCUACCAGCUGGUCCUGAGAAGGGCUUCCGGAGGAAGGUGACGGUCAAAAUCCACUACCAGGAGGCCGGGGUUCCGAGUGGUGCAGAGGGAGGCGGUGGUGGAGGGGGAACAGGCCGCUGGGCUCUGGUGGAGAAGCGGGUGGACCUGAAACGCAGCGGCUGGCAUACUUUCCCCCUCUCCGAGGCCGUGCGGGCUGUAUUCGGAAAAGGCAGCCGGAGGCAGGACUUGGAGGUCCACUGUGAUGGCUGUGAGACAGCGGGCGUGGCACCGGUGCUGGUGGACCCAGGUGAUCCGUCCCACCGGCCCUUCCUGGUGGUGCGCGCACGGCAGAUGGAUGGAAAGCACCGCAUUCGUAAGCGGGGGUUGGAGUGUGACGGCACUAGUGGGGGCUUAUGCUGUCGGCAACAGUUUUACAUAGACUUCCGCCUCAUUGGCUGGAAUGACUGGAUCAUUGCACCAGCCGGUUAUUAUGGCAACUACUGUGAGGGCAACUGCCCGGCCUACAUGGCAGGAGUGCCGGGUUCGGCCUCAUCCUUCCACACUGCAGUAGUGAACCAGUACCGCAUGAGAGGGAUGAGCCCGGGCUCAGUCAACUCCUGCUGCAUCCCCACCAAGCUCAGUACUAUGUCCAUGCUCUACUUCGACGAUGAGUACAACAUCGUCAAGAGAGACGUGCCCAACAUGAUUGUGGAGGAGUGCGGCUGUGCCUGAGUCCACACUGACUCUUCGUUAUCUGAACUUGCAACAGUCAGAAAGGCCUUUUGUACAAACAGGACGUUAUUGUACGGUACACAUAUACAAUAUAUCUAUACCUACUGUAUGAGCAAGCAACACACACACACACACACACACACACACGCACUGGUGCAAUCUAGCAAAUGCAAGUGUCAGUGUUGGGCCCAUGGGUGCAUGCGUGUGUUCACACCUGCUUGUGCGAGCGUGUGUAUUUAUCUGACUGAACGACAUGCUUGCUGUCCAGCUGGUCGGCAGUGGGAUGAGAAGGGAACGUUAUCACCAAAUGAUAUUUUUCUCUAGUUUGCCAUUUCUAGUCAAAAAAUAAUGGCCCAUAAUCUCCUCUUGAAUGAAGAUAAAAAAGCGCUUAAGGAAAGUGACAGGAUCAGCCGAUGACAUGAUUGGCUUCACUGGCCCCACACUCCCAACCCCGCUCCUCCGACCCCCUUAAAUACUUUAAGCACAUGACAUGACUUUUGUUUUUUUAUAAAGCACUGACAAUUCAUCAGCUUAUACAAUUCAGAACACCAGCACUUCGCUUCUAUGCCGACAGACGCAGUCUGACUGUCCUCUCUGGUGGAAUUAGACAGCGGCAGCGCUUAAUGCCUUGCAGGAUUAUACACUGCGCAGCAUCACAGUGGCAAAACAAAGCCCUCCACGGAGCUGCUGCUGCUGCUGCUGCUGCUGUUGUCAUUCUUGCUGUUGACUGCGGCCCUCAACCUAAACCUCCUGCCUGUCAAGAGUGCUGCAGGCCCCUGCUACCAUGACAACCAGGUGAAGAUAGAUCUCAUAAGUGCACUUCACUUGUGCGCUGGGAGCGACAGAGAGAGAACUGCUUCUUCCUGGGCCCUGAGUCUCUGUAGAAGUGGGGGGCCUACGGACACGGAGACUCUAGCUUCAACCCAGUGUGUCACCACAGUGCAGUGCAGCACUUGCAGAAACUGAAAUGCACGCCCUGAAUAGCACUUGUAUAAAGAAAUGCCUUCCAAGGGGUACUGAGUGUCCUGUCCUAUCGCGUAAUAAGUGCCACAUGAGCUAUGCAAUGUAUAGUAACCUAUACCCAUACUCAACAUUCUCUACAUUAGACUCAAUUCUCUUUGCGACUUUCUCUUUCUCUCCUCCUCUCUCUCUCUCUCUCUCUCUGUCUCUCUCUCUCUCUCUCUCUCUCUCUCUCCAGUCCUCAACUCUUUAUCAAUACUUGAAAUGUAAUCUUUCGCUUCCUCUCCAAAGCGAAUGAUUGUUGUGAUGUUUGCACUGAAAAGUUGCAGGAUUAGUGAAACAAAAACUGCCAUUGAAAUGUUAUUUUUAUAGAAGUAAAAUUGAAUUUUGUUUCAAAUGUAUUUUAAUUAAUGGAACCAAAGAGGCCAAGAUUUUAGCUAUUGUACUAAGAUGGCAAGGCCAUUGAGUAAUUGUGUACAAUACUGUUUUUGAUUAUUUGCAAAAGGCCUACCACUGUAUCAGGGUACGAUAUAUGAUUUUUCAUUUCUUAGCUCUAUUUUCACUCUCUGUUUUGUACAAUAAGCAACACUUCAUUUUUCAUCUUUAAUUCUAUUUUUGUUUCAGUUUUCUAUUUAAUAAGAAAGUUAUUUUUAGUUCCUGUAUAAGAAUCAUUUAGUCAAAUAAAUUCCAUCUGUA